UAAAAGAGGACAAAAAUAUCCAAAGAAAAAAAAAAGGAGAAAAUUUACUUAAUGCUCUUGUUCACUCAAACAUCCAUCUUGGCCUCUUCUUCCCAACAAUCCCAUUGUAAAUUAUUUGUUUAUCAGACAGAAUCUCAGGCGACGCGACAGUGGGGGCUGACAUUUUUUCUCCUACCAGAGAGAGAAAUUUUUUUGCUAUAACUUGUGAGAGCUUCGAAGAAAUUUGAUUUUUGAAUGCGAUUGUCCUUUUAGGUGUCUAUUUCUGUUAAAAAAAAGCUCUGGUACUUCUUCCAUUUUUUUUUCAAACUUCGGUUUCUCGAUCCUCUGUUAGUGUGUCCUUUCCCUUUUUUUGCUGUUCAUAGCUUCGUCUUCUUCUGGACUAAUGAUUUUUCGACCGUUUUCUUCCCAUUUCCCCAAAUUAAUAACCAAUUUGGCUUCUGGGUUUUCUUGAUUCUGUCAAAUUGCUUAGUGGGUCAGUUCCCUUUUUCAAAUUAGAGCAAUGGGUCUUCAAGAUCAAGCCCUUUCUCUGAAGCACUGAUGUUCACACCAUUUCCAGGUCACUCCAAACAGAGGAAAAAUUCUGGGUCUGGUUUGGUUUGGCUCAUUUCUCACUCUUUGGUUGAGAGCGAGAACCAAUUAUAAACCGAUUUUGCUUCUGGGUUCUCUUGAUUCUGUGAGAUUUUUUUUUUUUUGGGUAAGUUCCCUUUAGCAAUAGGUUUUAAAGAUCAAGCCAUUUCUCUCAAUCACUGAUGUUCAAACCAUUUCUAGGUCACUACAAACAGAGGAAUAAUUCUGGGUCUGGUCUGGUUUAUCUCAUUUUUCACUCUUUGAUUUGAGAAAGAAAAGUUCGAGUUGGGGUGGGUUGGGGGGUGUGAAGAUCAAGCUUGACUUGAUUUCUUUUCUUGAAGAAAAAGUGUAUAGUUUCUGAGUCUUGAAGGUAAAGGAGAAUCUGAAAAGCUCAAGGCAGUAGAAAGCAUUUGGUGGCUGUUUUGUUAAUCAUGCUGGAAAUCUUCUAUUUCUAAAGCAAAUCAGAUCAGUUCAAGUUUAGCACUCUACUACUCGAAUCAUUUCCAAUUGGAGAGUCAUGGUGGAAGAUAGUAUGAAGGGACGUCCUGGAGACCGUCAGUCGACUGAAGAUUGGUUGUCAUAUGCGCAAGAGCUGGUUCCACUUGCACUACUAAAGGCUAGGGAGGUCAAAGUGUUUCCUGGUAGGUGGAAGACGAUUAUUAUCAAGAUGGAGCAGAUCCCAUCUCGUUUAUCGGAUUUGUCUAGCCACCCCUUUUUCUCCAAGAAUGCUCUCUGUAAGGAGCAAUUACAGGCUGUCUCGAAAACGUUGGAAGAAGUGACUGAAUUGGCCGAGAUCUGUGUCCAGGAAAAAUACGAGGGGAAGCUUAGAAUGCAGAAUAAUCUUGACUCUUUAUCUGGGAAGUUGGAUUUAAAUUUGCGAGACUGUGGUCAUUUGAUCAAGACAGGAGUGCUGAGCGAAGCUACUUUGCCCGUAUCUGUAACUGGUACUUCGACCCAACCUGAGUCUAACGACCAUAAAAACGUGAGGGAAUUGCUUGCGCGGCUUCAGAUUGGACACUUGGAAGCCAAACACAGAGCUCUUGAUAGCCUCGUCGAGGUCAUGAAAGAGGAAGAAAAUACUGUCCUGGCCGUCUUAGGACGUAAUAACAUUUCUGCUUUAAUCCAAUUGCUUGCUGCAACAUCUCCAUUCAUUCGCGAGAAAGCAGCAAUGGCAAUUUGCUCGAUUGUGGAAUCACGGAAUUGUGAAAAAUGGCUGAUUUCGGAAGGUGUUCUGCCACCUCUCAUACGGCUUGUUGAGUCUGGCAGUGCUCUUUGUAAAGAAAAGGCUGCAAUUUCCCUCCAAAUGCUAUCAAUAUCAGCUGAAACUGCCCGUGAAAUUGUUGGCCAUGGAGGAGCUCAGCCACUACUCGACAUCUGCCGAACAAGCAAUUCCGUGGUGCAGGCGGCAGCUGCAUGCACUUUGAAAAACAUGUCAACUAUUCCCGAGGUUAGGCAAUCUCUAGCCGAAGAAGGAAUCAUUCCAGUAAUGAUAAAUCUCCUUGGGUGCGGAAUUCUCUUGGAAUCAAAAGCUUACGCAGCCGAGUGCUUGCAAAAUCUCACUGCAGGCAGUGAAAAUUUAAGGAACUCUGUGAUUUCACAAGGUGGCAUACGAAGUCUAUUAGCUUACAUUGAUGGCACACCCGCCCAAGAAUCCGCUAUUGGGGCACUGAGGAAUCUACUUAGCUUAGUUCCGAUCGAAGUUAUAACAUCUGUUGGCGUUCUUCCAUGUCUACUGCAUGUGCUUAGAGGAGGAUUGGUGGGUGCUCAGCAAGCAGCAGCAUCAGCAAUCUGUGUGAUUAGCAGCUCACCAGAGAUGAAAAAGAUAAUUGGGGAAGCGGGGUUCAUCCCUCCGCUAGUUAAGAUGCUCGAGGCGAAGUCGAACAGUGUCCGAGAAGUGGCAGCGCAAGCAAUCGCAAGCUUGAUGACACUGUCCCAAAAUAUCAAUGAAGUGAAGAAGGAUGAGAACAGUGUCCCAAAUCUUGUGAUGUUGUUAGACUCUAGUCCUCAUAACACAGCAAAAAAAUAUGCAGUUGCCUGUCUUGUGAAUCUUGCUUUGAGCAAGAAAUGCAAGAAGCUGAUGAUUUCACAUGGAGCCAUUGGGUAUCUCAAGAAACUUGUAGAAAUGGAGGUUCCUAGUGCUAAGAAGCUAUUAGAGAGAUUGGAAAGAGGGAACUUGAGUAUUUUCAGCAGGAAAUAAACGAAAACCGGAAGCAUUACGUUGAAUGCUCGUGAUCAAAUGCUCAAGUUAUUUUUGUCGAUCAAAUCGUUGCGGAUUGUAUAUAUUCGAGUACGACCGAAAAGAGCAAACCGGUUUCCCUUGUUUGUGAGGAUCUGACUGAAACAAUUAGCUUCAAGAACCCUCUCUCUAUCUUUCUUUUUACUCUGUUGGUACAUUUUGUGAUGAAUUCAAGAACAAAACUCUGGAAUUCUAUCUGUAUUUAUAUUUCAAUCCAAUAAAUUAUAUUAGAAAUGCUCUUUCUAAAGAA